GAUCCUCAACCGUUGCGCACAUAGAGUAGCUCCAUCAAAAAUGGUUUUAAGAGAAUACCAAAUUCCCCUUCCAAUUUCUGUUGAGGAGUAUCGAAUUGGWCAGUUGUAUGCUGUAGCCGAAGCAAGCAAGAACGAAACUGGAGGAGGAGAAGGAAUUGAAAUUGUGAAAAAUGAGCCUUAUGAAGCAGACUCAGACUAUGCCAAAACAACCGGUAACGAACCUGGGCAGUACACUCACAAGAUUUUCCAUCUAGCAAGCAAAGUCCCCUUCUUUGUUCGUAUGUUAGCUCCUGAAGGUGCUUUAGAAGUACACGAAAAGGCAUGGAAUGCUUACCCUUAUUGUGUAACGAAGUACAGUAACCCUUACAUGAAAGAGAGUUUCCACAUCACAAUACUUACUUGGCACAAAGAUGGCCUGCCAGAGGAAAAUGUGAAUGCUCAUAAUUUAACUCAAAGGGAGUUAGCAAGCAGAAAAAUAAUUUCAAUAGAUAUUGCAAACAAUUGCGAAGUACCUCCUGGUGAUUAUAAAGAGAACGAAGACCCAAGCACAUUUCAUUCCAUCAAAACAGGACGUGGACCUUUGGGAAAAGACUGGAAGAACAAGGAUGACUAUCCAAUAAUGACAUGUUACAAGCUUUACGAUGUGGAAUUCGUUUGGUGGGGUUUGCAAGGAAGAGUGGAAAGCGCAAUUAUGGGAGGUGUUGAACGUCUUCUUCGUAACUUCCAYCGUCAGCUGUUUUGUUGGAUUGACGAUUGGUUUGGAAUGACAAUUGACGAUAUCAGGAAAAUAGAAGACGAUACAAAGGCAGAACUGGAAGACUUACGAUCACAAGGUGAAGUUAGAGGAAUGAAAGUUCAAAAAUGAACACRGCAAAAAUG